UCCCUGCAUUUGCCACAUCACUGGAACUCCAGAAGUGCAAAUGGGUCUAGAUACAUGGAUUUACCGGUGCGCUUAGAGAAUGGAAGAUAGUGUACAAUGCAUUGUGAAAUUUAGAAGGUGGAGAUGGUUUCUUCGAAGUUUUGAGUUUAAGCAGCGCCACCCAGCACUCCCUGCACAAGAGAGAACUUUGUGUGAAGCCACAGAAGAACAAAGGAAGCAUGCUUUAAAUGUUGCCAUUGCAACAGCAGCUGCAGCUGAGGCUGCAGUUGCUGCUGCCCAUGCAGCAGCUGAGGUAGUCCGCCUUGCAAGCGCUUCACAGUCUUACCAUACUUUUUCGUAUAGGGAUAGAGAAUGGGCUGCUACUAAGAUUCAGAGUGCUUUCAGGGGACACCUGGUGAGCAUAUUGAAUUCUUUGCUUUUCUUUACUUUGGAUAAUUUCUGCUCAUGAACAAUUCAGUUGUAGUAAUUCUGUGUAGCUCACUGAAAAUUGGUGAUUAUGCUGUUGCGUUCAUCUUAGAUAGCCGACGAAGAAUGUGGAAACCAAUCAAGCACUUCUGACUAA